AUGGAUGAAUUUAGUAGGCUCUUUUCACAGCCAAAGACACCUCAGUUGAAACAAGACGGAUUUUCGGACUCCACUGACAAGCAACAGGAAAGGACAUCACCUAUUAAAAAUAAGGAGGGAAACCAAAAAGCUCCUUUCAUUGUACCCACUAGCGAAACUUGCACUACGCCCUUGACUGUGUCUAUUCCAACGUUCGAGAAUGUUCAAACUUUACCCACACCGAUGACCUAUACUCCGUUAUCCCCAGGAAAUUUCAGUAUGUCACCCAUAGAUCAAUCUUCAUUAAAUAUUCCCAAAAGGCGAAGUCAUGCACGCUUAUUGGAUGACAUGCUUUCCAUUGCGCAGCCAAACCAAAGAGUUGUUUCUGAGCUUGUUGCACCUGCGAAUUUAUUGCCUCAAAGAGUGGUUUCUUUACCAACAGUCGCUGAGGAGACAUUCAAUAGUGAUUCUGAUAGUAACACUUCAAAAAAAUCAUGUUUGUCAGAAAGUGGUGACUACACGGACAAAUACGAUGAUGAAACGCUCCAGGGCUUUCUUCUGGAUCAUUGGGACCAGCCAUUGCUAUGGAGAAAGGUAAGGCCAAUUGGUUCAGGAAACUUUAGUAAUGUGCUUUUAUAUGAAUCGAUGGACCAAAGUGAUCCUAAAUCAGCGCAAGUGGCUGUAAAAAGGCUCAAAUAUCCUGAAGAAUUAUCACAUGUCGAACAAAUUAACACAUCAUUACGAUAUAAAGAAACUUUAUCCCGUUUGGAAAAUUCUUUGACUAGAGAACUUCAAGUUUUGAAAUCGCUAAACCAUCCAUGUAUAGUCAAACUACUUGGAAUUAACAAUCCAAUUUUUAUUACCAGCAAGAAGCCUUUACACGAUUUGAUUAAAAAGAACCCAAGAGCUCUACCGCCCUGUGACAUGAUUAUGUCCUAUUGUUCUGCAGGAGAUUUAUUAGCUGCCGUCAUGGCCCGUAACGGUGGCUUAGAGUUAUGGCUAAUUCAAAGGAUCUUUGCAGAGUUGGCUCUGGCAGUAAAAUACUUGCAUGAAAGUAAUGUUAUUCAUCGUGACUUGAAGUUAGAAAACGUAUUAUUGAAAUACACAUUUGAUGAUAUCAAUAGUUUUAAGGAUUCACCAAUUUACUACAGGCAGAAUGUUAUUGAACUAGCGGACUUCGGUCUUUGUAAAAAAAUUGAGAAUGAUGAAAUGUGUACAGCAAGGUGUGGAUCAGAGGACUAUGUGUCUCCAGAAAUAUUGAUGGGAGUUCCAUAUGAUGGUCACUUGAGUGAUACGUGGGCUUUAGGCGUCAUAUUAUAUAGUUUAUUUGAGGAUAGGUUACCAUUUGAUCCGCCUCCAAACGCUUCAAUGAGACAGCGUAGCAGGGCCACGUCACACCGUAUAGCUAGAUUCGAUUGGAGAUGGUAUAGGUUAAGUGAUGAUGACACUAAUACGGGGAAAAAAAUCGUGGAGAACACUUUAACGAGGAAAAACCAACGUUGGUCGAUUGACGAGAUUUACGAUUCCCCGUUCGUUAAAGAUAUCGUUGAUAAACUAGAUUUUUCUUGA